AUGGACUCCAUCGCGCGACAGGGCGCGGGGGAGAGCGACGGCGUCACGCUGGACGAUCUCCUCGCGGUCAGCUCGGGCGGACCGCCGCGGUUCUUCUCGCCGAUCGUGCCGUCGUCGUCGUCGUCGUCGUCGUCGUCCUCCUCCUCCUCCUCCUCGCGACCGAUGAUGCUGUACGUCCCGGGGCUCGACGGCACCGGGUUCGCGGCGUCGUCGCAGUUCGAGUCUCUCUCGCGGCACUACGACCUCGUCGCGCUGAACGUGCCCGUGGGCGACCGCGCGACGUUCGACGAGCUCGAAUCCAAAUCCAAAUCCAAAUCCAAAGCCAAAGCCAAACGCACCGCCGCGACAAACGACCCGAAGGUGUUCCUCAUCGGCGAGAGCAUGGGGGGUCUGCUCUCGCUCGGCGUCGCGAGUCGACGGCCGGACCUCGUCGAUCGACUGGUCCUCGUCAACCCGGCGUCGUCGUUCGACAAGUCGCCGUGGCCCGCGGUCGGGCCGCUCCUCCCGAACCUCCCGGAGCAGCUCUACGCCGGGCUGCCGUACGCGCUCGCGCCGGUGCUGUUCGACCCACCGCGGUUGGUUCAGGGCGCGGUCGCCGCCGCGGUCGCCGCCGCGGAGGCGGGCGCGCCGGGCGCGCGCGGGGUCGCCGCGGCGACGGGCGACCCCGUCGUCGGGCUCGCCGCCGCCGCGGAGGAACUCGCGCGGCUGUUCCCCGCGCUCGGACAGCUGUCGAACAUCAUCCCGCGCGACACGCUCGCGCACAGACUCGCGGUCCUCGCGGACGGGUGCGCGGCGGUCAACGCGCCGGGGGUGCUCGAGAAGAUAAACGUCCCGACGCUGGCGAUCGUCUCGAGCGCGGACGCGUUGAUUCCCUCCGCCGAGGAGGGGCCGCGGUUGAGACGCGCCAUGCCCAAGUGCGCGAUCGAGGUGCUCGACGGCGCGUCGCACGCGGCGCUUCAAGAGCAAGGCGUCGACCUCGUCGGGCUACUGAAGAGGAACGCGUUCUUGCCGCGGACGGCGGACGAUCCCCCGGCGCUGAGCCGAGACGCGGCGUUCGCGCCGCCGUCGCCGGCGGAGCUCGAGCGCGCGUUCGAGUCGCUGUCGUUUCUUCGCAAAGUCGUCAGCCCGGUGUUCUUCAGCACGCGCGCGGACGGCGUCGUCGUCCCCGGGCUCGACGCGGUCCCGCUCGGGGACGCGCGGAGCGGCGAAGGGAGGCCGGUGCUGCUCGUCGGGAACCACCAGACGCUCGCGCCGGAUUUGGGAUUCCUCGUCCAGGAGUUCAUCACCGAGCGGAACGUGUUGAUUCGAGGGCUCGCGCACCCGGGCGGCGGCGGCGGCGGCCCCGGCGGCGGCCUCAGCGCGUUCACCACCUUCGGCGCGGUCCCCGUCAGCGGGAAGAACUUCUACAACCUCCUCGCCGCGGGCGAAGUCGUCCUCCUCUUCCCCGGCGGCGUGCGCGAGGCGUUUAAACGCAAGAACGAGGACUACAAGCUCUUCUGGCCGUCCAAGCCGGAGUUUAUUCGCAUGGCGGUGCGACACGGCGCGACGAUCGUGCCGUUCGCCGCCGUCGGCGCGGAGGACGGCAUCGACAUCGUCGCGGACUCGGACGACGUCGCGCGCCUGCCGUUCGGCCUCGGAGACGGCGCGAUUCGACGAUCCAAGGCGGUGCCCGCCGCUCGCGCGGUGGACACGCGCGUGACCGAGGACGGCGACGCGGAGGAGCUCUUCGUGCAGCCGAUAUGCGUCCCGAAGGCGCCGCAGCGUUAUUACUUCAAGUUCGGCAGGCCGAUCGAGACGGCCGGGCUGCACGCGGAAGGUUUCAGUAAGGACGAAGAGAAGGUGAGAGCGAUGUACGGAGACGUGAGAAGGGAGGUUGAGGACGGGAUCGACUGGCUGCUUCGAAAGCGGACGGAGGAUCCGUUCGGGGACACGCUCACGAGGGGGGUGUGGGAGGCCGCGAGCGGGGGGAAGCAGGCGCCGACGUUUAACCCUUGA